AGUUUCUGGUAGGACAAUAACAAAUUGCUCACCUUCGUUUAUAAAUUAGUGUAAAAUAUAGCAAUGAAGGAAAUAUGCACGGGACCCUUUACAAGGGCGUUUUUAGCAGAGUUCCUGGGAACUAUGGUUUUUGUAUUUUUUGGCUUAGGCUCUGCAUUGCUGUGGUCUUCAGAACUUCCAAGUGUCCUGCAGAUUUCCCUUACUUUUGGCCUGGGUAUAGGCACCGUUGUGCAAGCAGUUGGGCACAUCAGUGGUGCCCACCUCAAUCCAGCUGUAACCCUUUCAUUCCUAGUUGCUUCUCAAAUAUCUCUUUUCCGUGCUAUCUUCUACAUCUGUGCCCAGCUAUUAGGGGCUGUGGUAGGAGCUGCCCUAUUGCACGAAUUCACACCUGAAAGUGUUCAUGGCAAUUUUGGUGUCAAUUUGCUGAGCAAUGAUACAACAGAAGGACAAGCCGUCACCGUUGAGUUGAUCCUCACCCUGCAGCUUAUUCUCUGUAUUUUUGCAUCAACUGACAACCGCCGGUGUGACAAUGUUGGCUCUCCAUCUAUUUCCAUUGGCCUGUCUGUUGCAGUGGGGCAUCUGGUUGGGAUUUACUUUACUGGCUGCUCCAUGAAUCCAGCUCGAUCCUUUGGGCCCGCAUUAAUUGUAGGAAACUUUGCCGCACACUGGAUCUUCUGGAUUGGACCUUUUGCAGGAGCUAUUAUGGCAUCUCUGAUCUAUAACUACAUACUCUGUCCCCAGCAGCAGAGCUUCUCAGAAAAGUUAUCCAUCCUUUUGGGGAGAAUGCCAGACGAGGAAGAGGAAGAGUGGGAAGAAAGGCAAGAGCAGCCAAGAAGAAAGUCUAUGGAACUGCAAACCCUGUAACUUGGCUUGUGAAUGAUCAGCACUUUCAAUAGGCAUCAUUCACUGUGCAAUUAAAGGAUUUAUAAAAUGAAUGAAUGAAAAAAAAAGCUGUUGCAUGAACAGCAUGCAAUUCUUCACUAUGCUUACAUGAUAUUAAUGUAUAAUAUGCAGAUCCAAAACAAAUAUUACUAUGUGAUUUUAAUUGGUAAGAUGGGUCUUCUGGUUUAAUUUUGACCUUGGCUUUGUAAACAUGCAACAUAACUAGGAAUAAUUCUACUUCCAGUCAUUAAAAAGAUGAAGCCUAA